AAAAUUGGAAAUUUUCUUUCUGUAUAUGUGGCACGUUGAUCGAGAGGGAUAGAGGGAGACAUGGCAAUAAAUUGCUUGAGAGUUCUGUCCAAAAUCCCACUUUCCACAAAGCCCAAAAGCCCAAAACCCCACCUUUCUCUUCCACAGCCUCUCUCACUGUGCGGAAGGAGAAGUGCGUCUCUUUCUCUUGGGGUUGUGGCAGCAGUAGAGGCAGGAAUAUCACAUUUCUCUUCAAUGUCUUACGAUAAGGAGCUCCAUGCUGCCAAGAAAGCCGCUUCUCUCGCUGCUACACUCUGCCAGAAGGUGCAAAAGGAGCUGUUGAAAUCAGAUAUCCAUUCAAAAUCAGAUAAAAGUCCAGUAACAGUGGCUGAUUAUGGUUCACAGGCUCUUGUUAGUUUUGUGUUGGAGAGGGAACUUCCCACAGAGUCAUUCUCGCUAGUUGCUGAGGAGGAUUCUGGAGAUCUUCGCAAGGAUGAUGCCCAGGAAACACUACAACGCAUUACAGCACUUAUAAAUGAUACUCUUGCUAGUGAUGGAUCAUAUACUGUUUCUAGUUUGACCACAGAGGAUGUGCUUAGGGCGAUUGACAGUGGCAAAUCUGAGGGUGGUUCUUCUGGUCGACAUUGGGUCUUAGAUCCCAUAGAUGGUACAAAAGGAUUUGUUAGAGGAGACCAAUAUGCUAUAGCGUUGGCAUUGCUGGAUGAAGGGAAAGUAGUAUUGGGAGUCCUGGCCUGUCCAAAUCUUCCUCUGACAUCCAUUGGUAGUGAUACCAAGCAUUCUUCACAUAAUAGAGUUGGUUGCCUCUUCUUUUCUCAGAUUGGUUCCGGAACAUACAUGCAGCCACUUGAUGGUUCUCCACCAGUAAAGGUGCAUGUCACUGCUAUUGAAAAUUCUGAAGAAGCAUCAUUCUUUGAAUCUUUUGAAGCAGCACACUCCAAGCAUGACUUAUCUAGUGCCAUUGCGAAAAAACUGGGUGUUAAAGCACCACCAGUUAGAAUUGACAGCCAGGCAAAAUAUGGUGCACUUUCCAGAGGAGAUGGGGCCAUAUACCUGCGUUUCCCUCAUAAAGGAUACCGUGAGAAAAUAUGGGAUCAUGCUGCUGGAUGCAUUGUUGUCACUGAAGCGGGGGGUGUAGUCACAGAUGCUGGAGGCAAGCCAUUGGAUUUUUCCAAAGGCAAAUAUCUUGAUGUUGAUACAGGCAUAAUUGUUACCAAUCAGAAACUUAUGCCAGCACUCUUGAAGGCUGUCAAGGAAUCAGUGGAAGAGAAAACUUCUUCAUUGUGAUUAUUUUGAUCAUGAAAUGUGAUCUUUUAUUGUUGUUAUGGUUAUAUUAUUUCUCCAGUUCCAUCAAAUAAUUGAGAAUAUGCAGGUGGAAUUUGUUUAAGCCGCCCAUGCAUUUUAAACUUAAAAUAAUUAAUAAUAUUAGAAGUGAUCUUUAUGCUUUUA